UGCUUCUGUAUGUGUAAUAACCAAUACCAUCGUGCCUUGGCAAUCUCCAAGUAUUUCAUUAGGGAGUAUUACUUCCUCAUUCACAAAAUCUAUGAUAUCUCCUGCAGCAAGUACCUCAGGCCAUUCAAAAGGAUUCAGCAUGAAAUCCUUUAAAAGCAUACUAAAGUCAGAUACAACAUCUGUUAAGAUGACGUCAGAACCUAGGACCUCUAUGGGUACUGUGGAAUAUAUGAAGGCUUUCCCGGAUCAAGAGAACGAUACAGCUGAGGGGAAAUCAGAAUUAGCAUCUGUUCAAAGUCAAACUUCAAUCUCCAUGACCCAGGACCUACCCAUACCUUGUAAAAAAGAAGAUGUAGUGGUCUUGCAUGAGUAUGAAGGUGACGAGGAAGCUGAAAUUACAAUUGGGGUAAGGCCUGGACAGGAGUUAACCCUGCCAGAACAACUCAUGAAAAAGGAAAGGUCAGACUCUAAACAAUUGGAGCAUUUUCCUCACAGAAGACAAGAUGGGGUGGCUUUCUUAGAUGAGUAUGAAGGAGAUGAAGAAGAAGCUGAAAUUGCAAUUGGGGUAAAGCCUGGACAAGAGCUAACCGUGCCAGAACUAUUCAUGAAAAGGGAAAGGUCAGACUCUAAACAGUUGGAGCGUUUUCCUCAUAGAAAAGAAGAUGGCGUGGCUUUUUUAGAUGACUUUAUUGGUGAUGAGGAAGAGCAGUUGAGAUAUGUGCCUUCUGCCUCUCACAAAAAAGAAGAUGAGUUGGUGGUGGAGGAUAUAGAGGAUGUCCCUAAUGAUUAUCAAGAGCAGCUUAAGAGCACAGCUACACUGAAUCCAACUGAAGAAAAUAAAACUUCUACAUCAUUGAAAGACUCUGGAAAGACUUCCCCACAGAAAGAGCAAUGA